UUUUUACCAAACUUACAACCCACCUAGGAGUUUCCAGCACUAUCGAGAACAGCCUGUUUCCAUUUUUUUGUCUCCUCUCUCGACUCUUGACUUUUUGGGUUCUGGGCUUAAUUGCAGCGAGUCUGAAAGUUUUUCAUCAGACUUUUUCCCUGCUUUUGGUAAGUUUUGGGGGCUGAAUUGGAGGAGUAACUGAUGGCAGAGCAAGAGAAGAAAGCAGAAUCUCAGGCACCACCCCCACCGCCGCCACCGCCGCCACCAACAACACGACCACCACCACCACCACCACCUCCUGAAGAAAAGACUUCUCGUGCUAAGAAAGAAGAAAAAGAUGCUCCUGAGAAAAAUGUUUCGCCAGCUGUUGCAGAGAAAUAUUCACCUGCAGUCCCUCGAAAGGUAGCAGAUCCUGCGGAGAAAAAUUCAGGGGGAUCAAUUGAUAGAGAUGCUGUUCUUGCAAGAGUUGAAACAGAGAAAAGGCUGGCCUUGAUCAGAGCAUGGGAGGAGAGUGAGAAAACCAAAGUAGAGAACAAGACAUAUAAGAAGCUCUCAGGCAUUGGAGCAUGGGAAAACACAAAAAGAGCAGCUGUGGAGGCAGAGCUAAAGAAAAUGGAGGAAAAACUGGAGAAGAAGAAGGCGGAAAAUGCGGAGCUGAUGAAGAACAAGAUAGCCGAGAUUCACAAGGCAGCAGAGGAGAAGAGGGCGAUGGUCGAAGCCAAGAAAGGCGAGAGUUUCAUCAAGAUUGAAGAGACUGCGGCGAAGUUCCGGGCCACUGGCUACACUCCUAGAAAGCUUCUGGGGUGCUGCACCAGCUGAAAAUUCCCAUGGACAUACGAAAUUCUACUUGAUGUUUUAAAAGAAAUACAAAAAAUAAUGGAUCUUUUAAGUGAUUCUGCAUUUUGCUUUGGUCUUUGGUGUUUUCAUGAUAUUUCUUGUGCAUAGGCACUACGAUGUUGAUGUGUUCUUUAUGAGACAAAAUGGAUUUAUAUGGUGAUCUCACGGAGAUUGGCUACAA